AUGGCUUCUCCGAUAACCGAGGCCUCGGUCCUCGCUGCCUUUGAUGAAAAGGUUCGUGACGGGAUCGUGAUGUACGCGGAGGACAUGGAGAAGAUUUAUCACGAGGAUGGAGGUUUCAAGUUUGAGUUCCGCUUAACGGCUGCGUUGAAAAGCAAGCCCGCCGCGGUAGAAGACAACGCGGAGCUAGACGAAGCAGACGACAAUGGCCCUCCGUCUCGGACAAACGCAAGCGCAACCUCGCACGCCAACACUCGUACCCAAGAAGACGGCAAACACAGGAACAACAAGAUCACCCUCGAUGAAGAAGGAAACCUUCCCGGAGGCGACAUCAGCAUCGCGGGCUUCGAGCUCACGACCGUCGGCGGCGGCGGGGAUGAAGAGGCUACGCAUGUGCUGGCGUUCAACAAGUUCUGCGCGUACAGGCCGCAUCUUCUCCUCUUGACUGCCGAUGGGAGGAGAAGGCAGUUUGAGGGGUUGGAUGGGCGGGAUCUAGGGGCUGCUGUUCAGGUUUUGGGAGGGUUGAAUUUGGGGUGGGGAGGUGAUGCUGAUGCUGGUGCUGAUGGUGAGGAAGAGAAGAGACGAGAGUACUUGGUCAUCUUCAACUGUGGUAAGGAGGGCGGGUGUAGUCGGUUGCACAAGCAUAUGCAGGUUAUCCCUGCACCGGGAGCGAUUCCCAUGUGGCCUGACCUCGUCGACGCCGGGUCCGGGACAGGGGCGGAAGCGGUCGGUGACGGGAAGCAAGAGCCGCCGUUCCGGUACUUCAUCCACCGCUUUAGCGGCACAUCGCCACCCUCGACAAAGGACCUCACGGCGAAAUACAGAGCCAUGCUCCGCCAGGCGACGGAGCUGAUUCCCGGCCGGGAGGAGGUUGUCGAGGAGGACGGGGACGGGAGGGCCGUGGCGGUGCCGCAUAAUGUUAUUCUCGGACGGCGGUGGAUUGUUGUGGUUCCGAGGGUGAAGGCGGGCGUUGACGGGGCGGAUGUGAAUGCUGUUGGUAUGCUUGGUGUCGUGUGGGCUUCGAGGCCGGAGACGGUGGGGAAGUGGAGGGAGCUGGGGGCGAGGAGGGUGCUUGGGGAGGUUGGCGUUGGGAGGUAA